CUUUACGGCAAAGACCUCGCUUCCACAUGGCCACUUUUUAGUAUCGCGUGUCUAGUAUUUGGAGAUUUACUUGUUUUUUUAAAACUCCUGUUAUCCCGCAACACCACACAUUUGUACUGUAAACGGGGGCUAAAAAAUGGGCAAAAGUAAGACGACAAAGUUUAAACGUCCACAGUUCAACGCCGUCGGACUGCCGAUGAACGCCGUGAAGGAAGCGGCCGAAGAGGAGGAAGAACACGGUGGGGACGACGACGACUGUCCGGCUGCGGAACUUUUGGAGAAAUUGGAGAGUCCCAGUGCGGAUGUACGCGAGUUGGCGUGCGCCAGCAUCUCCAGGGUGGUGCAGCAGAGUCUGACCAUCCCGGGCCUCCUCCAGAGGGACGCCGUGAGGCGACUGGGCCCCAUGUUGCUGGACGGCAGCCUGGCCGUGAGGGAGACCGCUGCCGGAGCUUUAAGGAAUCUGAGCGCGUGCGGUGGUCAGGAGGUGUGCGAGGACAUGGUGAAGCGCGACGUCAUGACUCCUCUGACAGCUCUGCUUAGAGAGUGCUGUGCAGGUUUCGACGGUGCCACAGUGCCAAUGAAAGAGCAGAAGAACCCCCUGGAUAGCGUCGCCAAUGAGGCUGUAAACCUGCUGUGGAAUCUCUGCGAGAGCAGCAACCAGGCGCUGUCCAUGUUCAACAAGUCUGGUCUCCUGGACGUGGUGGUCCAGUGUCUGGAGAGACACCCGCACAAUGUGGAGCUGGCCACAUCUGCAGCCCAUUGUUUACACACUGUGACAGAGGACAACCCCGAGCUUCUAUGUAGCAUCAACUGUGCUGUGCAUGGAGCCCUGGACAGCGUGCUCUUGUCAAAUCAGCCCAGCUUGGCACACACCCUCCUCAAGACGUUAGCGUCAGGAACGCUGUGGAACGUGAAGGAAAGCCUUCCUACCGCCCGUCAGGCUCAGACCCUCGCUGCCGUCCUCGCCACCCUGGCCCAGUGCCUAGAUCUGGACGCAGGAGAACUCAUCCCUCAACUUCGACUAGCGGAAGAGGCGCGCUUCAGCUCGUUGGGUAUGGAAGAGCAAGCGAAAGGAGAGCGAGCUGCCGUGGAUGAGAUGGACGACGGCGAGGAAGGAGCGCAAAAUCUGAAAAACGGAAAAGAUGAAGACGACUUCUCCGAUCUCUUGCCUAGGGAGAAGGAGGAACUGCGGGAGGCGGCGGCCUUGCUGACAGCCCAGCAGACGUCUCUGGAGAUCAUCGUCAACAUGUGCUGUUCUGACGAUCCGUCCGAUGACGAGUGGGAGGAGUCGUCGAGCAGCGACGAAAGUGAAAUGGCUGCAGAUGGAUUCUCCAAUCCCAUGUCUCCACUGUGUUUGUCGGCUGAGGUGCACGGGGCCCUCAUCAACCACAACAUCCCCCAAAAGGUGCUGAAAAAGACACAGUUCCCAGCGCAGGGUGCCAUGGACGUGUGUCGACGGACCCCCUACUGGGGAAGUCUAAUAAAGAAGAUGCAGCGGGUUCAGUCGCGGGCUCUGACGUGUCUCCACAGCAUCCUGUCCAGCAUGGACGCCGACUCCCUGGGAGGAGCGGCGGCCCUGCAGGAGGCGGCGCAGCACCUGUCCUCGCUGGUCUUUGGAGCAGCAGAGAUCCCUAAAGAUGAAGAGUUCCUGGAGUCCGUCAUCAGUGCAAUGCGCUCCCUUCUGCAGAUGACCGCCUCCAAAAACAUCCCUCAGGUCAUAAGCCUGCAGCAGCUGAUGAGUCUCAGUGAAGCCGCCGCCUGCUCUGAUGUCAUCAGCGUGCGGGUCAAUGCUGUCGCCAUCUUGGGCAUCACCGGCAGCACGCUGGCCAAAGAGAAAGGCUCGGCUGAAACCCUUCAGAUGAUCGGUAACGGUUUGCUCCAAGUCGCCACCAAGGACGCCGACCUGGUGGUUAAUGGGGAGGCCCUGGAUGCACUUUUUGACGUGUUCGCGGACGGAGACGAAGCGGAGACGGCGGCGAAGAACAUCCAGCUACUUCCUGCUUUGAGGACGCUUCAGCCGGUCUUUAAAGCCAAGCUUCGUAAAGCGGGAAGAGACACCUACAGCCCUCAGCAGCUGUGUGUGCUGAACAACGUCAAAGUCAACCUGAGAAGAUUCGUGAGCUACCUGGAGACUGUGGUGAACAAAUGAAAGAGUACACACACAUUAUUUAUUAUCAUGUUGGGAGAAAACAUACGUUUUUGUUUGGUUUUCUCAAUUUCUAUUGUACAUGGUGAUGUUUGCUGUGAAGAAAGUGGAUUUGAUCCUCUUUUAGCAACAAGAGCAUGCCCAAGUUGAAGAUGCAGAAGUGAAACUUAUGCUUGCAUUCUGUUAGAUGACCAUCAGAGGGCUGCCUCCUUGUCUUAGGCAAGACACGUUUAUUUCGAGAGCACAAUUUGUGCUAAAAGCAAAUUAAAGUGCUUUACAGAUGCAUACAAUUACAAGACGGUGAAUGAAAUGUUAAAAAAAUCAUGAAUUCACUUAAAAUUCAGUUAAAAUACUUUCAGUUGUCAUAUGCACUGUUAAAUAAGUGUUUUAGGGCUGGAUAUGCAUUAUUAGACAUUGUCUACUGGUUAAAGUCCUUGUUGGGCCAUCUUUCUCUUUUAUAAAGUCUUAUUCAUGACAUGCAAAUCAGAAAUACACAAUUCGUGUGUAUAUCUGCAUAGUUUUAAUACAAUUUUCCAAGUGUUCAUGUUGGGCAAACAUGGAUCUUUGCAUGAUGCAAUAGCUUGUUUUGGGAAUAAUUUAGUUGUUGGAUAUGCCUGCAGUUGAAUAAUUUUGUUUGGAAAAAUGGGGUGUAUAAACUUCAUUAACUGACUGAAAUUUGUGUUGCUCACUUGCAUAUGUCUGAAGAGACAUAAGUCAGCCUAUGCAUUUUCUGCUACAACACAGCAGAGCUAAAUCUUGUUCAUUAAAAUGUCCAAUAACCUGCUUUUCCCCCCCCAAUUAUUUGUAAUAAAAUGUCUUAAAAUCAUGUUUCUCAAAUUGUGCUGCAAGUACCGCUGGUGGUAUGCAGGAAAAUCUGGCACUUUUUUUGUACUUUUGAUAUAAAAAAUGAUAAACAUCACCCUGCACAUAUACAUUUUUCACCCAAAAUUUGCAAGCAAAGCUAAAUAUUUGAGGUGGUACUUGGAGAACUAUUUUAAUUGGAAAAUAUUGACUGUGAUGACAAGGACAGGUGUGUCAUAUUAAAAAAAAACUUAUGACUAAUUGCUGCCAAAUGUGCAUCAAGAUAAUUAGCAAAGGCUAAGAAUACUCGCAUACCGUAUUUUCCGGACCAUAGGGGGCACCGGAUUAUAAGGCGCACCGACGAUCAGCAGGUCUAGACAGGUCUAUUUUCAUACAAAAGCUGCACCGGAUUACAGGGCGCAUUAAAGGGGUCAUAUUUUUAUAAUUUUUUUCUAAAUGUAAAACACUUCCUUGUGGUCUACAUAACAUGUAAUGAUGGUUCUUUGGUCAAAAUGUUGCAUAGAUUAUAUUUUACAGAUCAUCUUCGAAGCCGCUUUCUGACAGUCGCUUCUGGAUGCGCCGUUUUGUGGGCGGUCUUAUUUACGUGGCUCACCUUCGACAGCGUCUUCUCCCCGUCAUCUUUGUUGUAGUGGUGUAGCGUGCAAGGACGGGAGUGGAAGAAGUGUCAAAAGAUGGAGCUAACUGUUUUAAUGACAUUCAGACUUUACUUGAAUCAAUAACUGAGCAGCAUCUCCUCAUCUGUUGCUCACUCGUGCCAUAACGCCGGAAAUGUGUCCCUUGAAAAACUGUCCGACCGGAACUGUCUAAUAACUAAAGUUCCUUGGGU